CCCCGGCCGCUGUCACUGAAGCUGAGCCCGGCCCAUCUCCCUCCCCUUCCCUGCAGCCUGGAGCUCCUCACCCCAACCGCUGCUCGCUGGGCUGGGGGUGAGGGGGGGGGGGGCGCGACUCAGCUGCGGCGGCAGUGAGAAGAUCCGCCCUAGAAGAAUAAGAGCGAGGGAGUGCGGAAGGCAGCGAAAAGAGAAAGAGAUACCGACCCCGUCGGGCCGAGGAGGAGGAGAAGGGCCAGGCUGAGCGUGGGACCGGGGAAGGAGGGAGGGGAGGAGAGACGCUCCCCCUUCUUCUCCAACUUUGCGCCAGGCAGGCAGGGGCGCACAGCACCCUUCCCAGUAGGGGGCCCCGGGAAUCCAGGCACCAACCUCUCCUCCCCCCACCCCCUGGACACUGACUAUUUUAACAUAAACCCGAGGGAAGCAGGGAGCGAACCAUGAAGGCGGCGGUGGACCUGAAACCCACCCUGACCAUCAUCAAAACCGAGAAGGUGGAUGUGGAUUUCUUCCCUUCCCCGGGUAAGCUCGCCGGCGGCUGCCUCCCACCCCCACCGGAGCUAGGAGCGGGGGUGUCUGUGGAGAGGGCGGGGGAUAUGGAAUGUGCAGAUGUGCCUUUGCUAACCCCGAGCAGUAAAGAAAUGAUGUCCCAGGCGCUGAAGGCCACCUUCAGCGGCUUCACGAAAGAGCAACAGCGUCUGGGAAUCCCCAAAGACCCCCAGCAGUGGACGGAGACUCAUGUACGGGACUGGGUGAUGUGGGCUGUGAAUGAGUUCAGUCUGAAGGAUGUGGAUUUCCAGAAGUUCUGCAUGAAUGGGGCUGCCCUCUGCGCUCUGGGCAAGGACUGCUUCCUCGAGCUAGCGCCUGACUUCGUGGGAGAUAUUCUCUGGGAACAUCUGGAGAUCCUACAGAAAGAUGAGAUAAAGCCAUACUCAGCUAACGGAGUGAACCCCGCAUACCCAGAAUCCCGCUAUACAUCGGACUACUUCAUUAGUUAUGGCAUUGAGCAUGCACAGUGCGUGCCUCCGUCAGAGUUCUCUGAGCCCAGCUUUAUCACAGAGUCCUACCAGACCCUCCAUCCAAUCAGCUCAGAGGAGCUCUUCUCCCUCAAGUAUGAGAAUGACUACCCGUCGGUCAUCCUGCGUGACCCUGUCCAGACGGACUCCCUGCAGACAGACUACUUCACGAUCAAGCAGGAAGUUGUAACGCCAGAUAACAUGUGCAUGGGGCGCACCAGUCGAGGUAAACUAGGGGGCCAGGACUCCUUCGAGAGCAUAGAGAGCUACGACAGCUGCGACCGCCUGACGCAGUCCUGGAACAGCCAGUCGUCUUUCCAGAGCCUUCAGCGCGUCCCCUCCUAUGACAGCUUUGAUUCUGAGGACUACCCCGCGGCGCUACCCAAUCACAAGCCCAAAGGCACCUUCAAGGACUAUGUUCGAGACCGGGCCGACAUGAACAAGGACAAGCCAGUCAUUCCUGCUGCUGCCCUCGCUGGCUACACAGGCAGUGGACCCAUCCAGCUGUGGCAGUUCCUGCUGGAGCUGCUCACCGACAAGUCCUGCCAAUCCUUCAUCAGCUGGACAGGCGAUGGCUGGGAAUUCAAGCUCUCGGACCCAGACGAGGUUGCCAGGCGAUGGGGCAAGAGGAAAAACAAGCCCAAGAUGAACUACGAGAAGCUGAGCCGUGGGCUUCGCUACUACUAUGACAAGAACAUCAUCCACAAGACGGCCGGCAAGCGCUACGUGUACCGUUUCGUCUGCGACCUGCAGAGCCUUCUGGGCUACACGCCCGAGGAACUCCAUGCCAUGCUGGACGUCAAACCCGAUGCCGAUGAGUGAAUCGGACCAGCCAGACUGUGUGGAAGGUUGUGACGUGUCGGUCUGGAGAUUCAACAAGACCUUAAAAAAAAUUUUUUUUUUUGCAGUUAAAUAUCUAUCUAUAUUUUUUCAAGAGCAACUCAAAUUUGACAUUUUUGAUGGGGAGAGGAGGGUGGGCAAAGUCAAGCUUUUGGCUGAAUUUGACAAUGUUUGGUUGGGAGAAGAAAGAUGGAACUUUUUAUCUGAAAGUUCUAUGAGAGGUUUUUGAGGGUGAAUUUCUUAGUUUUAAGGAAGCCAGAAAAAUAUAGCUCACUUAAAAAAAAAUUAAAAUAAACCCUUCCCAUCUCAUACCAUCUGGAAACAUUAUUAAUGAAAAGAUCCCCUUGA